CCUCCCCUGCGGCUUUGCCUUCGCGCACGAGGGUUUAGGGUUUUGAAGUUUUGGUCAUCGGUACAUGGUUGCUUGUGUCUGUGCCUCUAAGGUGGUGCACAACCGACUCUGGCAAUGGAUCCUUCUUCCCUCGACUCGGCCGAGUUACAGAGGUUCCUUCAGCAAGAGAAGGAGAAAGCAAUGGUGAAUGAAAUGGUUGGGAAACUCACAAGUGUAUGCUGGGAUAAGUGCAUCACAAGUGCUGCAGGCAGCAAGUUCAGUUCUAGUGAAACAACUUGUCUCACCAAUUGUGCUCAGAGGUACAUAGAGAUGAGCCAGAUCAUCAUGCGGCGUUUUCAGUCCAUGCAAUGAGUCGAUAAAGUCACUGCCACAAAUCUUUUAUUAUUAUUAUUUUUUGUCAAAUUCUCACAUACUCUUGAAUUGCCUGGAUAGUUUUGUAUUUACAUAAUUCUCUGCAUGGUCACUUAUGCAGGUUGCAUUUUUUUUUUUCCUUUU